AUGACAGGGAGCACCAAAUCUCACCAGAGCUCUUGCUCACGGGGUGCUGCACAGCAGGAGCCUACGCUGCUACUCACAAGGUGCCGAAUGGCAGGAGCCUACGCUGCUACUCACAGGGUGCCGAACGGCAGGAGCCUACGCUGCUACUCACAAGGUGACAAACGGCAGGAGCCUACACUGCUACUCACAAGGUGCCGAACUGCAGGAGCCUACACUGCUACUCACAAGGUGCUGAACGGCAGGAGCCUACGCUGCUACUCACAAGGUGCUGAAUGGCAGGAGCCUACGCUGCUACUCACAAGGUGCCGAACGGCAGGAGCCUACUCUGCUACUCACAAGGUGCCGAAUGGCAGGGGCCUACGCUACUACUCACAAGGUUCCGAAUGGCAGGAACCUACGCUGCUACUCACAAGGUGCUGA